CGCCCGCCCUGCCCCGGGGCGCGUCGCGGAAGCGGAGGCCGUAGGCAUGGGGCGGCCGCGGUGCGGGUGGCUGCUGCCCCUCGGCCUCCUGCAGCUGCUGGGGGAUCCCGGAGCCGCAGCCUGCCCCUGCCGGGAGCCGCGGCUCUGCCAGCCCGUCACGGGCACCGGCGGCCCCGAGGUCUUUGUGUUCGAUGUGGGGAAGAAUGCCUGGAAAUUCUAUGACUGGUCGAAAAUUACAACUGUGGCAGCUUUCGGGAAAUACGAUCCAGAGCUUAUGUGCUACGCUCAUUCCCAAGGCGCCAGGGUAGUGCUAAAAGGUGACGUACCACUUAAGGAAAUUGUUGAUCCUGCUAAAAGAGCAGCCUGGAUAUCCCAACAGGUGGACCUUGCCAAAAAACAGUAUAUGGAUGGAAUUAAUAUAGAUAUAGAGCAAGAAGUCAACGAAACCUCCCCUGAAUAUUAUGCAUUGACAGAGCUUGUUAAAGAAACUACAGAUGCUUUUCACAGAGAGAUUCCAGGAUCACAGGUAACAUUUGAUGUGGCUUGGUCCCCUGCGUGCAUAGAUAAAAGGUGCUACAACUACACUGGGAUUGCAGAUGCCUGUGAUUUCUUAUUUGUGAUGUCUUACGAUGAACAGAGCCAGAUCUGGACCGAUUGUGUUGCAAAAGCCAAUGCUCCUUACCUUCAGACUUUAGUUGGAUAUGAAGAGUACAUAACUAUGGGCAUUGAUCCUAAGAAGCUUGUGAUGGGCGUCCCUUGGUAUGGCUAUGAUUAUGUCUGCCUAAAUUUAUCUGAGGAUCAUGUUUGUUCCCUUUCCAAAAUACCUUUCCGUGGGGCUCCUUGCAGUGAUGCUGCAGGGCGUCAGGUCCCCUAUGGAGCAAUAAUGAAGCAGGUGAACAGUUCUCUUUCAGGGGUGCUAUGGGAUGAGGUACAGAAGUCUCCAUUUUAUGAAUACAAGGAUUCUCUUGGUCAGUUCCACCAAGUAUGGUUUGAUGACCCUCGCAGCAUCUCUCUUAAAGCAGCCUACGUGAAGAACAGAGGCCUAAGGGGCAUCGGCAUGUGGAAUGGAAAUAGUCUUGACUAUUCCAGGGAAGCUGCAGCAGAACAACAAACCGAAGCAAUGUGGCAAGCCCUGACACCGUAAGAAGCAUAUAAAAUUGUGAAUCACUUGAUAUAGAACUAUGAAAAUUUGAUUUUUUUAUUAUGACACGUAAUGUAUGACAUUUUCUUUAUAAACAUAACAUGAUUACAAUCAAAAUUUUAAGAGUUGGUGAAAUUCAUCUUGCUAUUUUGUAUGGAAAGCUGUAUCUUCAUUCUUCAUAAAGUUCCAGUAUUGCUUCAGCAGUGCUCUUUAAAGACUUCUCACCCUUUUCAUUUUUCACAACCAUAGCAAGUUGGUUAAAGCUUGAACUUAGAAUGUAUCUGGUAACAAGUAAGACCAAGUGCAUUUACAGGGGUCAUCUAGUAACAGUCCUCUGCUGAGGCUGCUUGAUGCGUGGAGAGAUUGACUGCUGUCUACAGGAUUUUUUGUUGUUGUUAGUAAAACACUGUUUUUGCUAAGGUUGAUAAAGUGUUGUCUGUUUAUGCAUUACUUGUUCCAUGGUUUACAGCCUACGUUGUUUCUCAGAACUGUUUCACAACCAGAUUGAAGUGCAACUAUGCCCUGUUUAAGUGAAUCCAUUAAUUAAACUAUUUAAUUAGACAUAUGUA